AAAGCCCACGCGCUCUGAGCAGCUGAAGCCUGAAAUUUAGCAGCUCUCUCGCACACAGACGACAAGCGCUUUCUCCAAGCGGAGAAAUUUUGGUUCUCCGAUCAGAGACCUCCACCGCGUCGUCUCUCUCUUCCUCUCAGAGUGAUUUGGGAAUUUAGGUGUAGAACAAGACUUGAAUUUUGAUAAGCAAAACAUUGUAAUCUAGAGGAAGCAAUAAAGGAGACAAAUUCAGGAAAUUGAGGGAAAGGUGAUUUGGGAACAUGGCCGAUCACCACCACCACCACCACCACCAGCACAGGCCUCACCGCCUCUCACUCCCCCAACGUCCCACCACCCCCACCACCUUCUCCACCACUACAACCACCGCCUUCUCCACCACACCCACCACCGCCACAUCUAGACAGUACCCUGUUUACCCUUUCUCAUCGACCCCGAUUGCAACUCCGUCCAAAUACCGCCUCUCAUCCCUCAACCCCAAACCGUUCAACCCCAACAGCAGCAAGUCCUCCCUCUCCUUCCUCUUCCUCCUCCUCCUCUCCCUCCGCUCCCUUUAUUCCCUCCUCCCUUUCCUCCGUUCCUCUCCUUCUUUCUCUCUCUUCCCCUUCUCCUUCCUCGUCUCUCUCCUCUCCUUCCUCCUCACCCUCUCCUCCUCCCUCCUCACCUCCUCCUCCUCUUCCAAAGACCCUUUUCACCAAAAGCAAAACCAACCCAUCUUCUCCCUCACCUUGAUCACACAGUCCCAGCACAAAAUCUUGGUUGCCAAAUCGAUUCUUCUUGCCGUGGUCUUCCUCCUCCGGUUUCAGGCGCUUCGUUAUUGCGGCACCGCCGCCAUGAUCCUGGCAGAAUUGUCCGGCAACGUGGCGGCCCGGUUCUUGGCGGAUGGCCAGGAUUCGAGUGUCGGCGGCGAUCGGAAUCGGUCCUCCAAGGUCCGUGGGUUUCUCGCUCUGUUUUCUGGGUUAUUUUUGUUAUCUAUGAGUUGGGAUCGGAUUGACUGCUUCCCAUUUUCUGCUAAAUUGGUUGAAAGUUUGGGACUUUCACUGUUUCCAAGAGUCAAUUGUGUGAGAAUUUGGCCAAUGAUGCUUCCAUUUCUCGCUGGAUUUUUGGGUUGCUACGAACGGGUAUCGAUGAAUUGGGGAACAAUUAGGCAAUUGGGUCGAAAACGGGUUCGUGUAAUUUCGCUGUUUUUUACAACUGUUGUGCUGUUCAUUCCUGCUGUUGUGAGUUUUUUCAUGUUUGAAGCUGAGGGAGAUGGAGUUUCAGUGGGAACUUUAAUUUGGCCUCUGGCAAACACCGUUGUUUUCGGGGUGCUUCUGAGUGAAAGUUUUAGUGAUGACAAGUCAUUGAGUUCAAACGAUUUCCGAAGAGAGUAUAUGGUAACAUUUCUGUGUACUCUUGUGUUGGAGUUGUUCUAUUUUCCUGAAUUAUCACUUUGGGGACUGUUGCUAUGUGGUUUGUUACUGUAUGUUGCUGUUAGGGAAUUGGAUCCUUACUAUUUGAAAUAUCUUGAACUGGGGAUGGAGUCUUCAGAAUCGUUUACUACCGCCAUUAUGAAGCCGAUUAAGCACAUUUUGAGUGAGAGGAAGUCACGCAAGAUUGCGCUUUUCCUUAUGAUCAAUACUGGGUACAUGUUUGUGGAAUUUGCUGCUGGGUUCAUGAGCAAUAGUCUGGGGCUGAUAUCUGAUGCCUGUCACAUGUUGUUUGAUUGUGCUGCUCUUGCAAUUGGGCUAUAUGCUUCGUAUAUUUCUCGCUUGCCUGCAAACAAUCAGUAUAAUUAUGGGCGUGGGAGAUUUGAGGUUCUUUCGGGAUAUACGAAUGCUGUUUUCCUGGUGUUGGUUGGAUUGUUGAUAGUUUUGGAGUCGUUUGAGAGGAUUUUGGACCCUCAGGAGAUAUCGACUAGCAGUUUAUUAGUUGUUUCGAUCGGGGGGCUUCUUGUUAAUGUGGUUGGUUUAAUCUUCUUUCACGAGGAGCAUCAUCAUGCUCAUGGUGGAUCAGGAUCAUGCUCCCACUCCCAGCAUCACCCGCAUUCGCAUGACUCUCUUGGGCAUAAUCAUGAAGGUCAUGGAAAGCAUGAGGAAUGUAUACCUAUUUUCAGUGAAGACCAUGAAAAAUCAUGUUCUGGCCAUCAUGACCAUCAUCAUGAACACCAACAUGGCAGUUCUAUCAGUUCUAAAGAUCACAAUUGCGGAAGCAAAGAGUGCCAUGAUCACCAACAUGAUCAGCUUGACCACCAUGGCCAUAGAAAGCAUGACAGCCACGUUCAUAGCCACCACCAUCAUCACGAUGGCCAUUGUCACGACCAUGACGAAGGUGAUCAUGCCCACCAACAUCAUCACCAUGACCAUGCCCACCAGCACGAACAUCAUGACCAUCCCCACCAGCAUGAACACCAUGACCAUGCCCACCAGCACGAACACCAUGACCAUGCCCACCAGCACGAACACCAUGACCAUGCCCACACUCAUGGAAGCUUACCCCAUCAAGUGGCGGAAUCUCACAUUCAAGAACCAGGUUUCCAUAGCCAUAAACAGCCAAUUGAUGGAGAAAAAUCAGCUAAGCAUCAACAUCGCCACAUUGACCACAACAUGGAAGGAAUAUUUUUGCACGUUUUGGCUGACACCUUGGGAAGUGUCGGAGUUGUGAUAUCAACCCUCUUGAUUAAGUACAAGGGAUGGCUGGUUGCUGAUCCUGCCUGCUCAAUAUUCAUUUCCGUCUUGAUUAUAUCUUCGGUUAUCCCAUUACUUAGAAACUCGGCAGAAAUCUUGCUCCAAAGAAUUCCCAGAGCACACGAGCAGGAUUUGAGAAAAGCUCUUAUCGAGGUUAGGAAGAUAAGGGGGGUUUCUGGCAUUCGGAACUGGCACAUAUGGAGUUUCACAAACAGCGACGUAGUGGGGACUCUCCAUCUCCAUGUCUCAACAGAAAUCGACAAGGCUGCUGCAAAGGCAAAGGUCUCACACGUACUACACGAAGCUGGAGUCAAGGACUUAACAUUGCAGUUGGAAUGCGUUGGAUCAUAGCAUUGUAACGUUCGACAACUUUCAUCCCUCGACAGAAUUGACAGUGACAUUGUAGCCCAUUUGUUGCGGACUUGAUGCGAUCAAGGAGCCUGUUGGUAGUUCCAGAUGGAUUCUCCAGCGCCCCUUUUGCCAUCGUUCGGGGACUUCGUGUGCAUCUUGAAGCUGAGAAAGAUUUUGUCCGACAUUAUAAAGUUUAUUGUGCCAAAUCUAUCUCUGCUUGAAUAUAUGGGCAUGCAUGUAAUUGUGUUUGAACAUGUAAAGAAACAUGCAAAGGGCGAUAGUUUUUUGUUGGGUAGAUUGGAUAUGUACACUUCUUUUUGCAGGCAAUAUAAUUUAUGUUACACGGGAAA